GCGGGCCGCGGCUCGGGGAUGUGGGUGGGGCGCGGCCCCCAGGCUGGUCCCGGCCGGAGGGGGCGGGGGCCGAGACGCAAGAUCGGUAGAGAUGGCGCUCAGCUCUAACCACUUAGAGUAGCGCAGGGGCGGGGAGGGCGGCGGGAGGCUAUCGCCUGGUUAGUGUCCCGUGCGGUCACGUGAUCGGAGAGGUUCCGCCCUCCCCCUCCCUCCCGCUCCCUGCCUCUCCCCCCCCACCCGAGCCAGGUGUUCGAAUCCCGACCCCUAAACGAGCGGCGUCCAAGUCCCGCGAGCGUGGGGCGCCGGGGGACCCGCCCCGGGGCUCAUGGCGGCGCCGAUCCGCUUGGGCCGGAAGCGCCCGCUGCCGGUUUGCCCCAACCCGCUCUUCGUGCGCUGGCUGACCGAGUGGCGGGACGAGGCGGCCAGCAGGGGGCGCCGCACGCGCUUCGUGUUUCAGAAGGCGCUGCGCUCCCUCCGGCGGUACCCGCUGCCUCUGCGCAACGGGAAGGAAGCGAAGAUCCUGCAGCACUUUGGAGACGGGCUCUGCCGGAUGCUGGACGAACGGCUGCAGCGGCACCGGGCGUCUGCGGGGGACCAUGCCCCGGGCUCACCCUCUGGAGAGAAGAGUCCUGCCCAGGAGGGGCCACCUGCCGAAGUCCAGGACCCUUCCGGGCCAGUGCUGGUCCAGCCCACAGCGGGAGGCUCUGGCAGCUACUGGCCGGCUCGGCAUUCAGGAGCCCGAGCGAUACUGCUGCUGUUCUACCGUGAGCACCUGAAUCCUAAUGGCCACAACUUCUUCACCAGAGAGGAACUGCUCCAGAGGUGUGCUCAGAAGGCCCCCAGGGUAGCCCCUGGGAGUGCUCGACCCUGGCCAGCCCUCCGCUCCCUCCUCCACAGGAACUUAGUCCUCAGGACACACCAGCCAGCCAGGUACUCACUGACCCCGCAGGGUCUGGAGCUGGCCCAGAAGUUGGCCGAGUCAGAAGGCCUGAGCUCGCUGGAUAUGGGCACCGGGCCCAAUGAGCCUCCCGGGGAGGAGCCAGCUGUGCCAGGAGCAGCUUCAGCUGAGCUUGGCGCCAGUGAAGGGGGCGUCCAGCAGCCAACGUUGGAACUGCAGCCUGGAGAGUUCAAGGUGCUGUUGUGUGUGGACAUCGGCGAGACCAGAGGGGCGGGGCAUAGGCCAGAGCUGCUCCGAGAGCUACAGCGGCUGUGUGUGACCCACACGGUGCGCAAGCUGCAUGUUGGGGACUUCGUGUGGGUGGCACAGGAGACCAGGCCCAGAGACCCAGGGAGGCCUGUGGAGCUGGUCCUGGACCACAUUGUGGAGCGCAAGCGGCUGGACGAUCUGUGUAGCAGCAUCAUUGAUGGCCGCUUCCGGGAGCAGAAGUUCCGGCUGAAGCGCUGUGGCCUGGAGCGCCGGGUGUACCUGGUGGAGGAGCAUGGCUCAGUCCACAACCUCAGCCUCCCUGAGAGCACCCUGCUACAGGCUGUCACCAACACUCAGGUCAUUGAUGGCUUCUUCGUGAAGCGCACAGCAGACAUUAAGGAGUCAGCUGCCUACCUGGCUCUCUUGACGCGGGGCCUGCAGAGACUUUAUCAGGGCCACACCCUGUGCAGCCGCCCCUGGGGAACCCCAGGGAACCCCGAAUCAGGGGCCAAGCCCUCCCCAAAUCCUCUCUGCUCACUCCUCACCUUCAGUGAUUUCAACACGGGAGCCAUGAAGAACAAGGCCCAGUCGGUGCGAGAGGUGUUUGCCCGGCAGCUGAUGCAGGUGCGCGGAGUAAGUGGGGAGAAGGCUGCGGCCCUGGUGGAUCAAUACAGCACCCCUGCCAGCCUCCUGGCCGCCUACGAUGCCUGCGCCACCCCCAAGGAGCAGGAGAUGCUUCUGAGCACCAUCAAGUGUGGGCGUCUGCAGAGGAAUCUGGGGCCUGCUCUGAGCCGAACCUUGUCCCAGCUGUACUGCAGCCAUAGCCCCCUGACCUAAGCAUCGUCCUCCCUCCCGGACCAGUCAGCCUUUUAACCAGGAUCUUUUGGGGUACAAUAAAAAGCUAAGUGUUUGCAGCCAUAUGUGUUUUGGAGAUGCCAGGCCCAGGGGCCUUGUGAAAUAUGCAGGAACCAGGGAGACCAUCUGGUCCAGGGGUUCUGCCACCGGUUCCCUGGUCAGGGAGGUGGAGUCAAUGGGGCAGUGCACCUUCAAACCUGCUUUAUGGAAUCGGGGUCCCUGAUCGAAUAAAACUUCCUCUGAUAAAA